CUUCCCCACACUGAAACAACAUUUCUGAGAAUCAAAAACACAGCCAUCCUCGAAACAAUUCAAGCUGGAGUGGAAGAGAGGGCAAUUGGUGAGGGGAAUAAGAUCGAGGUUGUUGUUAAGACCAAAGUCGAUGCCUUUGAAUGUUUUCAACGCUCGUGACGGUUCCUCUCGUGUUCUUUUGACCGAUCCUAGCGGUUCUUCUUCUGCUGAGGUGAGUCUAUAUGGAGGACAAGUUGUUUCUUGGAAGAAUGAAAGGAAAGAGCAGUUGCUCUAUAUGAGCACCAAGGCGCAAAUGAAGCCACCUAAGGCGAUAAGGGGAGGUAUACCUAUCUGUUUUCCACAGUUUGGGAACCUCGGUGCACUUGAGAGACAUGGAUUUGCAAGGAACAGGUUCUGGUCGUUUGAUAAUGAUCCUUCGCCACUUCCUCCAGCUAACCAACAAUCAACUGUUGAUUUAGUGCUGAAGUCUACUGAAGAUGAUUUGAAAAUAUGGCCUCAUAGCUUUGAGCUUCGUGUUCGCAUAACUAUUAGUCCUGGCAAGCUUACUAUAAUCCCGCGUGUGAGGAACACUGACCCCAAGGCGUUCUCCUUUAUGUUUGCACUUCGUAACUACUUAUAUGUAUCUGACAUAAGUGAAGUUAGGGUUGAAGGUUUGGAGACACUUGAUUAUCUUGACAACUUGAUGCGUAAAGAAAGAUUCACCGAGCAGGCAGAUGCAAUUACCUUUGACGGUGAGAUUGAUAGAGUGUACUUGAACACUCCAACAAAGAUUGCAAUCAUAGAUCAUGAGAGGAAGAGAACUAUCGAGUUGCGUAAGGAAGGCAUGCCAAAUGCAGUUGUGUGGAACCCAUGGGACAAGAAGGCAAAGAGUAUAGCUGAUAUGGGAGAUGAGGAUUACACAACAAUGCUAUGUGUAGACUCUGGUGCUAUAGAUACUCCAAUCUUGUUGAAACCAUGUGAAGAGUGGAGAGGCAGGCAAGAACUCUCUAUCGUCUCAUCAAGCUACUGCAGUGGUCAGCUUGAUCCACGUAAGGUUCUUUACGGGGAUCACUGAUAUUCAUCAAUCAAUACAAAAAAAUAUAUAUAAACAUACCUGAAAAAAUCAUCAGUCUUAUAUUUAAUGUCUUCAUGACUGAUAGAUAAAGCAGUAAUAAAUGUCCAAUCAAAUCUAUGAUAAUGAGUUUCUGACUGACAGAGAGAGAGGGAUAGGCAAAUGUGUAGUAUUUAUGUAACGUUGCCUUCUCUGUGACUGUCAGAGACUCAUCAGUGUGUGUAUGGCUUUACCCCCAGAAACAUCAGUCUUUAAAAUUGAAAUUUGUCUUCU